GCACUUAUUUCUGCACUAUGUGUGACACUGGAUUAUUUUUACACACAAAAUAUGAUUAGUUUAUUAAAAAGUAGUUUUGUUAUGAGUGAAUCCACAAACCAAUUUUCCUGAUGAAACUCACAUACUUGUAACAUUUCCACAGUGUGGUAUUAUUAUUUUACUGUUCUACAAUAUCUGAAUAGUUCCCCUGCACAGAGGGAUUGAACAGUUUCAUUUAGCAUCCAUCCACUAUUGCUAUUAUUUUAUAUACAGUAUACUAACUAUUAUUUGUUGGUGUGAUAUUAUUUGGAGGGUACGUACUUGCCCUUCUCUGUUCCCCAGAAUCCUUCAGCCGCCUCCAUGUUUGUUUUCCAAACUUGUCCUCCAGAGUCCAGACAUCAUUACUGUGAGUAGACUGGGGCCGUUUCUCAAUCUCGAGGAUUCUGGCUUCCAAGCCAAUAUUUCAAGGAUGCUACGUCAUCGAGUGCCGCCGAAGGACUGUUCCAAUCUCCAGCAUACUUGGAAUUCCACCGAGGCCGCGUCCUUGGUUUGGGGGAAAUUUCGAGGCUCCACAUGGGUAGACUUGGCGUCCUUAAUAUCCCCACAAUGCUUUGCGCACGGACCAAUUUCAAAAACCCUUGAGGGGAAUGUCUGAACCGACGCAGCACACAUUUAAAUAGAUGCCCUGGCACCGUUCUUGAAAGAUGAAGAAGCGAGGCUCACGGCUGAGAGUGUGUGUAAGAGGAGCCCGCUGCAGGUGGUCCUGUGUGCGGCCACCUCUCCGGCUGUGAAGCAGCAGGAGGAGACCCUCACUUAUCUCAACCAAGGUCAGUCCUACGAAAUCCGUAUGCUUAACAGAAAACUAGUGGAGUAUACAGAUAUAAGCUGCAAAUAUGUAAAGAGCAUCGUGCGGGUGGUGUUCCACGACCGCCGGCUGCAGUAUAUGGAGCACCAGCAGCUAGAGGGGUGGAGGUGGAACCGACCUGGAGACCGGAUCCUGGAUAUAGAUAUCCCGUUGUCAGAGGGGAUUCUGGAGCCCCGUUCACACCCCAUGCAUCUGAACACCAUCGAGUUCCUCUGGGACCCUGUGAAGAAGGCUUCUGCUUUCAUCCAGGUCAACUGCAUCAGCACUGAGUUCACCCCCAGGAAGCACGGUGGGGAGAAGGGAGUGCCGUUUCGUAUCCAGGUGGACUCUUUCAGCACCAAUGAGCACGGGGAGUACAUGGAGCAUGUCAGUUCUUCCAGCUGCCAGGUUAAAGUCUUCAAGCCUAAAGGAGCUGAUCGCAAGCUGAAGACCGACAGGGAGAAGAUUGAUAAGAAGGCGCUGCAGGACAGAGAGAAGUACCAACUGUCUCAUGAGAGCACUGUGCUCAAAGAGUGUUCCCCCUGGCCUGACGCUCUGAACCUCAGCAUCCACAGCAGCAGCACUCCAUCUCCAGUCUACCACAGCUCCCCCACCUCCUGCACCUUCACAGAUGGCAACUGUUCUCCAACCCAGCCAGGGGAGCUGCUAAUGCCCGCCUGCUCCGAUCAGCUCCUGCCCUCUUCCUCGCCGCAGGACACGCAGCAGUGGCUGCAGAGACACAGGUUCUCCCCUUUCUGCAGGCUCUUCUGCAGCUUCACAGGUAGGAAGCAGAGUGGAUCUUCUGCUGUUGUUGCAGGUGCAGAUCUGUUGAGGAUGAGCAGGGAGGAUCUGGUCCAGAUCUGCGGUCCAGCUGAUGGGAUCCGCCUCUUCAACACCAUGAAAGGAAGGUGCAUUCAGCCCCGUCUCACCAUGUAUGUGUGUCAGCAGCAGGCCAGACCUGCCGUAAAGCCGGGGGCUGGAGACAUCUACCACGCUCUGUACCUGGAGGAGCUGACGCUGAUGGACCUCUCUGAAAAGAUCGCUAUGCUGUACAGCUUCCCCCCGCAGCAGAUUACACACAUCUACAGACAGAAACCCAGCGGGAUCCACGUCCUAGUCUCUGACGAGAUGGUGCAGAACUUCAGGGAGGAAACAAGCUUCAUCCUCAGCACUCUAAGAGAUGAAACCACGGAUGGAUACCGCGUCGUGUUGAAGUGACCAACACUCUCUCUUCCUCUGAGAACAGUGGAAUUGUACAGCUUGUAUAUAAGUCCUAAGAUGUACAGUACAGUAAAAUGCUGUAUUCAGUAGACGGAAAUGUGGCUUUCCGUCUACUGUUGAAUGGUUUUCUUGAAUUUCUCUGUUUCAUUUGUAUUGUUAAGUUACUGAUUCAUGCUUCAGGUGUCUUGUAAUUAAAAGUGAAGGUGUACA